CUCCAUAGGCAAAGAAAGGGUCGGGGCGAAGCGGUGCAAGGAGCCUUUUGCUUCCUUCGCAGCAGAACUGUCGGCGGGCGCUGCACGAUGGGCUCGCGCGUCUUCGGCUCCCUCCGCAGAGCUGCGUUAUCGGGGUGCAAAGCCCAGCCAAGUCUGUAUCAGGUUUGCUCGUCUCUUGCCACAGGACCCAGGCAAGAUGUUGGCACCUUCUAUGAACUCCGUACUUACGAUAUCAAACCAGCAAAGGCAAAGGAAUUCCUCGAGUUGGUCAAUAAAAGCAUCAACAUUCGCGUGGCUCACUCAGAGAUGAUUGGAUUCUGGACAGCGGAGUUUGGGUCAAUGAAUAAGGCUUUCCAUAUUUGGAAAUAUGACAACUUUGCCCACAGGAGAGCUGUAAGGAAAGCUGUGGUUGCUGAUAAAGAAUGGCAGGAAAGAUUGUCAGUACUUCUUCAAUUCCUAGACAAGCAGCAUAUGGAAAUUGCUUACAUGGUCCCCUGGUGUGAGCUCGGGAGUUCUCCAAAGUCAGGAGUUUAUGAGUUGGUUACUUAUCAGUUGAAACCAGGUGGACCCGCUUUGUGGGGAAAGUCAUUCAAAGGAGUGAUUGAUGCGCACAUCAGCAAAGACUAUUCUAAACUGAUUGGUGUCUUCCACACAGAAUACGGAUUACUUAAUACAGUUCAUGUGCUUUGGUGGUAUGAGAAUCCUGAUAGUCGUGCGGCUGGGAGGCAUUUUGCCCAUGAAGAUGCCAGGGUGGUAGCAGCAGUACGAGAGAACAUCCAGUACUUGGAAUCCCAGCAAAACAUGCUCCUGAUUCCUGCACCAUUUUCACCUUUGAAAUAGUUCUCUAACAGAUGAAAGGCAACAGAUGAACACAUCUUUUCUUCAUUUCAGCACUUUUAUUAUCCAAUUGCAAUGUUCGUGCCUUGAUGCAAAUUGAGUUCAGCCUUGCAAAAUGUUGAAUUGUGUGUGCGAAACUUGAUUUUCCCACCGCUCACUAGCAAAGAAUACACACCAACUUGCUUGCCUUAAAAAUAUGUAGAUUCAAACUAUGUUUAUGUAUUUACUUAUGAUGCCAUUUAUAUCCCAUUUGUCCUCCAAUGGGUUUAAGUGGGCGUCAAUGCUUCUUCUCUCCAUUAUAUCCUCACAACAGCCCUGUGAGAUAGGUUAGGCUGAGUGAUAGUGACUAGUCCAAGGUCACCCGGUAGCCUUCAUGGCCAAAUGGGAAUUUGAACCCCUGGUCUCUCAGGUCCUAGACUGAAUCUCUAAUCACAUCACACUGGCUCUCAAAUUCUGUGAACAUCUUAAAGGUAAAGGGACCCCUGACAGUUAAGUCCAGUCACGAACGACUCUGGGGCUGCGGCGCUCAUCUCACUUUAAUAGUCGAGGGAGCUGGAGUUUGUCUGCAGACAGUUUUUCCGGGUCAUGUGGCCAGCAUGACUAAGCCACUUCUGGCGAACGCCGUUUACCUUCCCGCCAGAGCGGUACCCAUUUAUCUACUUGCACUUUGACGUGCUUUCAAACUGCUAGGUUGGCAGGAGCUGGACCGAGCAAUGGGAGCUCACCCCAUCGCAAGGAUUUGAACCACCGACCUUCUGAUUGGCAAGCCCUAGGCUCUGUGGUUUAGACCACAGUGCCACCUGCGUAUUUAACACACAAUCAGCUCCUAGGUUUUUAUCAUAGAUAAAAAAUGAAAAUAUCCAGGACAAAUCUGAGCUGAUGUUUCUUGUUUUAUACACAUAUCGUUUUAAAAUCGUGAAAAGUAAAGUAAAAUAAAAUAUUACACCCCCAAACAUCCCAGAAUCCCACUGGAUUAAUCCUAGCCUUAAUGGGGAAUAUAUCAUACAUUAACAUAUAAUUCCUAGUACUGCUUUUACAGAUUAACAUCCGCUAUCCGGAUUACAAUGAAGCAUGAACAGUGUUAAAAUUAGAGAUGCAUUUCCCAAUAAUGUUUUAACUAUAAUAGAUUGUUCAUUCUACAGCUGAUUACUUUGUGGGAUUUGUUAUGGGAAGAAUUGACGACCAGGGUUGUCAAUGUAAAAUU